AACUCGUGCAACCCUGCUGCAAAUCGAUCGACUUCUCACUUGUUUCGAGAGUGUAGUGCGUAGUACACUCCGAAAAUUGAAUCGUAGGACACGAAUUCGACUACGAGAAUAGAAAAUAAUUUCAAAAUCGAUCAACAUGACGAAGGAUUGGGAAACAGUGGCCACGAUGGCUUGCAUGAAAGGCUUGCUGAUGCUGUUCAACUGUGUUUUGUGGGUAUUUGGCAUAUUGCUACUGUGCAUCGGAAUUUGGAUGCGAAUUCAACUUCACGAUUACAUGGACGUAAGUCCCGAGAACAGCAGGGCAGCUUUAUUGGCAUUGGCUUGUCUGGGCGGUAUUUUAACUUUGACAGCGACGCUCGCUUGCUGUUGCACAACUCGUGGCCAUCCAGCCCUCUUAUUCCUGUACGGUGCAUUCUUAGCUAUCGUUGCAUUACUGGAACUUGCGGCUGGUGCAUCGAUUUAUGCUUACCGUACCAAUUUAAAUGAAAAAUUCGACCACGAUCUCAAUCAAACAAUGUCUGCCUAUAGGCACGACGAGACCAAGACCAUCCACAUCGACACUAUGCAGUCCACAUUGCAUUGCUGCGGUAACAGAGGUUUCACAGAUUGGGCCGAUAUAUUUCCACCGAUGCAAAUUCCACUGUCUUGCUGCAAAGUGGCAGAAUAUGAGUGUAACGUUAAUGACGUAAACGACAUUUACACCCAGGGCUGCUACACUCGUGUGUUACGACUGAUAAACGGCAACAUCGGCUUGGUCGCUGGAAUAGCAGUCGGCGUAGCAUUCUUUCCGCUUAUAGGGGUCUUCUUAGCCUGUUGCUUAGCAAGCAACAUUAAUAAAGUCAAGUACGAGCAGGUUGCUUAGAAUUUGCGCCGGUUGCAGAAAAGCUCGUCAUGUCGGUAAGAAAAAUGCACAACGUUCGAAAGUUGUACAAUUACAAUUUGUAACAAAAUUUCGGAAAGAACGGGACUGUUAUUUUUCUUAUUACGCUUAAGCGGUGGUUUUUUUACAACCAAAGUUUUACUACGAAACGAUUAAAUUCAAAUAGGCAAAUACGAAUCUCUCUUCCGUUUUUUACGACAACUUCUUUCGACACGUUCCAUCCUACGCACACCGUUUGAGCUCCAAGCGAGCAUGUAUCUUGCUAUUACUUCUUACGCUUAUAAAUACAGAUACGUUGAAAAUCUCAGCGAUUCGAAUGAAAAGUUCAACGUGGAUCUGCAGACUACGUAAAACGUGUUAAAGAGUUACACGUUCGACAUUUUUCUCAGAAUUUAAUCAUUCCCAUCCUUCGAAGAAACGGGCAAUUGACCAUUUUUUACAUAUUACAAGCGUCUACAUGUUAUUAUUAUCCGUAUAUGUUGUAAAAACCUUUUAAACAUCUUUAUUGUCACGUUGGAUUCUCAUAAGAUUCUUGUAAGAACAUAAACAGUUAUUGCAUAGUUGCACAAGAAAGAAAACACAAUCGUAGGAAAAAACGGGAAUGAAGAAUAUUAAAUACGAUAAAAUAUGCGCGUUUGCAUGAAGAAAGAAUUCACAUUUCAUGAAAAACAGAUCCACGAUUAUCGAGGUUAAUUAAAGAAAAAGAUACGAGUUCUUCGAUGCGUCUAAUUAGCGCAAAUUUGAUUGUAUUUUUUUUUUUAAUUAAGUCGAUGAAAAUGAACAAGUCGAUAACUGCGUCUGAUUGAUGAUGCUAAUAUUUCGUUAUGCAGUUAAUCGCAUAAUAAAUUGCCCGUUCAAUCUUGCAACGAUAAGAGCGCACAGAAGAACAUACAUAAUUCCAUAAAAUAAACUGAAAUAUAAUCCAACUAGAUGGAACGGAUCUUAUUAAUUAUUUAGAUCGUUGUGUUGAAAAAUAUUCUAUCUAAUAAAGCAGAAUAGCCAAUUCCAAGAAAACCUCAAGUACGAUAAUACUUUCGAACAAGGUAAUUUAAAGGUAUUUAUAUAAGGUAAAUGAAACUACAUGCAUGUAUGAAAUAUCGUGUAAGUAUAUAUCUUUUCAAGUGUAUAUUUUAUGGAUAUACCUGCAUAAUCUAUACGCUCUUUUGUUAUCAUCGAUGGUACCCCUACUUUUUCCUAUUGUUUUAUCAUUUUGAGUAUAACUAAUGAGUUCAUUUAUCAAGUAUCUUUAACCUUUAAAUUAAGAAAAUACAAAUAUAAACAGCAUAAACUAACGUUUGUAGCUCGAUACAGUUUAAUAUUCAGAAAUUGUCAGAAAAUAUUUCGGAAUAUAUUUCGCCAAUAUUGAACACGUUUAAAGACUAGAAGGCAAAGUAACGUCCAUUUGAUAAGUACAAUUACGAUGCGAAACAUCAAUGUACCAUAAUGAUCGAUCGACGAAUAACCAGAUAUAACUGGCAAGAGAAAGAUCCGUUAAUUACAGUAAUACGCGAAAGGCUUGAAGAUACAAUUUCAAAUUCUAUUUUUAUUAUUAAACAAGACUCAUGUUUACACUAAUUUUUACAAACUUUUCAUAUUUGUGUGUUCAUAUUUUUAAUAAAACCAUACAUACUAUUUACUACUAUCAGUUUAGCGGUACUAUUUAAUAAUAAUAUUUAGAGAUUUAACGUAAUUACUUUGUUCUGCUUGCGAUAGUUGUUAGCUUACUUGUUAGUUGCGUGUAUCAACUACGUCUAAAAUGUUACAUCGUUGGCUAAAAUUUGAUUAUUAAUGGUUGAUGAUUUCCUAAAUAUAAAAAAGGUGACGCGAUUGCCUUGUGAUAUAUGUAUGUAUGUAUGUAUGUAUGUAUUUAUGUAUGUAUGUGUGUAUGUAUGUAUGUAUGCAUAUAUGUAUGCAUGUAUACGCAUAUAUGUUGGUAUAUAUCUAUCUUAUAGCGAACAUUUACCUCAUAACGGUGCUACAUUGUGCCGCGAGACACGCCAUCAUAAUUUUACCGUAAUUCCAGUCGAAUUAUUACCUGUUUCACAUGGUAUCUCCUUUCGACUACGAUAGUAUAUUAUCUUUCAGCAUUAUAUUUGUUCGGGAUUUGGAGUGGCCGUCUGUUUAUGAUUCGGACAGCACAUCUCCCUUUUUUGGGAAAGUCCGAAUUGCCUUUCCCAAAAUUUGACUUUCCCAAAAAAGGGAGAUGUGCUGUCCGAGUUAUAAACGAGACGGCCACUCCAAAUCCCAAACAAUAUUUUCACGUUAGAGAGGAAACAAACAAACAACUUAUUUUUCGAUAAUUGUGAUUUUCCCAUCUUAUACAGAUAUAUAUACGCAUGUACGUGUAUACGGAUAAAAAUAUGUUUAAAAAAUACUUUUAUCAUUUUGUAUUUUUUACGUUAUUUUUUAUUAAGAAUUUUAUUUCAUUCCGUUCUGAUUAAUAUGUCAGAAAAUGGCAGAAACAGUUUUUUUUUCCAGAGAUACAUCGAUCUUUCUUGUUCUUACAACUUUGCGACAUGUGUAAUGUAUAUUUUUAUGCGCAUAUAAAUACAUAUAUAAGUUGUUGCAGAGAAUUAUUAUUCUUGAGAA